AUGAUGGCUUUGGUUGGCGGUGGUGGUGGUGGUGGUGGCUACUGUGCAGCUUUUUAUUUGGAUCUUCUUCUUCUUCUUCUUCUUUGCAUUGUGCUCACUUUCUCUCAAGGUGUAAAAUACGACCACCCAGCCCAGUACCGGUACCCCUUCAUCGGCCCCGCCAGCUCGUUCUCGCCCCCGCCGGCGUACGACUACAUAAUCGUCGGCGGGGGCACGGCGGGGUGCCCUCUCGCCGCCACGCUGUCCCGGAACUACACGGUGCUGCUGCUGGAGCGGGGCGGGACCCCCUUCGCCAACGCGAACGUCUCCUUCAUGAGGAACUUCCACAUCACGCUGGCCGACAUCUCGCCGACGUCGGCGUCGCAGAUGUUCGUCUCCACCGACGGGGUCUUCAAUUCCCGGGCGAGGGUCCUUGGCGGCGGCACCUGCAUCAAUGCUGGGUUUUACACCCGCGCAAGCGCAAGCUAUGUUGAGAAGGUCGGUUGGGACGCUAAGCUCGUGAACGAGUCCUACCCUUGGGUCGAGAAUCAAAUCGUUCACCGGCCAGACCUUGUGCCCUGGCAGAAAACAGUCAGAGAUAGCCUUAUAGAAAUCGGGAUUUCGCCUUUCAAUGGAUUCACUUACGAUCACUUGUAUGGAACUAAAGUGGGUGGGACCAUCUUCGACAGGUUCGGAAGGCGCCACACGGCAGCAGAGCUUCUCGCCUCGGCUAAUCCCGAAAAUCUCAACGUUUUGGUUCAUGCUACGGUUCAGAAAAUCGAUUUCGAUACGACCGGGGAAAAGCCUCGGGCAAUUGGAGUUACGUUCAAGGACGAAAAAGGAAAUAUGCACAAAGCAUAUCUCUCAAACAGAGUUGGGAGUGAGAUCAUAGUCUCGUCUGGUGCAAUCGGGAGCCCUCACCUUUUGCUUCUUAGCGGCAUUGGCCCAAAAGCUGAGCUGGAGAAAUUCGGUAUUCCAGUUGUUCUUGAUAACGAACAUGUGGGGAAGGAAAUGUCCGAUAACCCCCUCAACACGAUAUUCGUGCCGAGUAAAACACCUGUCAAGCAAUCUUUGAUACAAACUGUGGGAAUUACGAAGCUGGGAGUGUACAUUGAGGCCAGCAGUGGUUUUGGACAGUCAUCUGAUAGUAUACAUUGCGAUCAUGGAAUUGCUUCGGCUGAGAUCGGCCAGCUGUCGACAGUCCCACCGAAGCAAAGGUCCCACGAGUCGAUCCACAACUACCGAAAACGAAAGAGAAGCCUCCCACACGAGGCCUUCAAGGGCGGCUUCAUACUCGAGAAAAUCGCGAGCCCUCGUUCGAAAGGUCAAAUCUCCCUUCUCAACACCAAUGUGGACGAUAACCCUUCCAUCACCUUCAACUACUUCAGCCACCCGGAGGACGUGGAGCGUUGUGUGGACGGCAUACGGACGAUCAAGAAAAUGCUGAUGACGAAGCACUUUGCCAGCUACACGCAGCUCGAUCGGGACGUGGUGGACAAGCUCAUAAACAUGAGCGUUGAGGCGAACGUGAAUCUUAUUCCUAGGCAUACAAACGAUGCUAAGUCCCUCGAGCAGUUUUGUAAGGACACUGUUAUUACAAUCUGGCAUUAUCAUGGAGGUUGCCACGUGGGCCAGGUGGUGGACUCGGAUUACAAGGUUCUUGGGGUCGAAAGGCUCCGUGUGGUGGAUGGCUCGACUUUUAGGGAGUCGCCAGGGACUAAUCCUCAGGCCACUGUCAUGAUGAUGGGCCGGUACAUGGGAGUGAAGAUUUUGAGAGAGAGAUUGGGAAAAGCUGCUGGAGUUUGA